GUGAUGGAAAAGAACAAUCUAUGCAAAAAGUAGACUUGAAUGCGUCAGAGAAUAAAGAAACCAGCAGUUGUGCAUGUUAACAAUUAAAAAGGAAAAAUAGAAGACCCUGAGCUUAUCUUGAAAAAUUACUCGGAUACCUGACUUUUAAUACAAGAAGAUGCAUGGACACAAAACCGAGCUUUGUUGAGCUGCGUUGAGUGUAUAGUUUUUCCUCGCUUUUCCGUAUCCUUCAUUAACAUUGACAAAUGAUUCGCAUUGAGAGAUUAACAGACAACACAAUAACUGAUGAGAAACUUGAACAACUUUUAUCUGUCUUAAAACAGCUUUCAGCAUCUGUAACUAUAGAUCUGAUCAAAAACGCUUUGUCCUCGAGUCAGAAUUACGUCUUCGUUGCUUAUGAUGACGAUGAGCACAUUGUAGGCACGACGACUAUGGCAUUUUUAUAUUGUGUUACAGGAGUUCGCGUUCAUAUUGAAGAUGUGGUAGUAGAUGAAAAACAGCGUGGCAAAGGCAUUGCUCAGUUACUUAUAAAGGAAGCUAUUCAGCGUGCGAAAGAGGUCAAUGCAAAGUCAAUUGAUUUGACCAGUCGACCGGAACGAGAAGCUGCAAAUCGCCUCUAUAGAAAAUUGGGAUUCAUUCAAAGAGAGACAAAUGUGUAUAGAUAUCAGUCUUAAAGCACGAAUAAAAUAGAACCAAUGACAUUUUGAUGAUCGUACAAUUCCCCACACUCUCUUUGUGCCAUUUUUUUUUUCAGCUUUUUACAUAU